UGCAACGAUUUCCACUUUUUAAAAUCUACUCGCGACCUUCAGCUGACCUGAAAAAGGGACAUCAAGCGAGCCUGGGAUCGAAGUCAGCUGUGGGCGUGGGCGUGUGUGACAUGAUGCCCGGACAGAUUCCUGACCCAUCUCUGACGGCCGGCUCUCUGCCUAGUCUAGGCCCGCUGGCGGGAAUCUCUGCUACCACGCUGACCGACCAGCUCAAAUACGCAGACCUCUGCAGCCUGGGUGCCAUGCUCUCCCCACUUCAUCUACUGGGCAAACUAGGAAAACGAACCCUGCCAAUUAAAACUGAGAAAGAUGAAGAGGAGGAGAGAAGGAAACGAAGGAGAGAGAAAAACAAAGUCGCCGCAGCACGAUGUCGGAACAAAAAGAAGGAGCGAACAGAAUACUUACAAAGGGAAUCGGAGCGUCUGGAGAUGAUGAACUCUGAACUCAAAGCUCAGAUUGAGGAGCUCAAACAUGAACGACAACAGCUCAUACUUAUGCUGAACCGCCACCGGCCCACCUGCAUCGUGCGGACAGACAGCGUGAAGACCCCCGAGAGCGAAGCCAACCCUCUCCUGGAGCAGCUGGAGGGCAAGUGAGCUCAGACUGACGUGUUGCCAUGGUUACUGUUUACAUCUAAGCCUCUGUACAGCUAGCUAGCUAGCAGCACUUAGCUCAAAAAACUCUUUCUUGGA